AUGGUGCUAGAAAACAGUUUGCCAGCUGACACUACUCUUAAAGAGUCCCUUGACAACCUGCUGAGCUCGCACGUGCGGGGGGUGGGGCCCCGUGGCUUCCCCCUGCGUCUCCAGGCCACGGAGGUCCGCAUCAACCCUGUGGAGUUCAACCCCGACUUCAUAGCGCGUAUGAUACCCAAAGUGGAGUGGGCGGCGCUUCUGGAGGCUGCGGACACACUGCAUCUCAUCGAGGUGCCUAAAGAGCCGAUUCAGGGAUAUGAGCAUAACGAGGAAUUUCUGAGAAAGAUGCACCACGUGCUGCUGGAGGUGGAGGUCUUGGAGGGCACCCUGCAAUGCCCAGAGUCGGGACGUCUGUUCCCCAUUAGCCGUGGGAUCCCCAAUAUGCUGCUGAGUGAUGAGGAAACUGAGACAUAAACUGUGCCAGGCGCCGGUUUUUCACUCUGGUUGUGUGAAUCUUUGUUUACACGUUAUCUUGUUUGUUAGUCCUAUCCUGUGUAUCCCUAACCCUUGACCCAGUGACACACCACACACAGUGUUUUUGAGCUCGAUAUUAUAUAUUUUUUUUUCUCAUUAAAGGUUCAAAACCAAAAAAAAA